UCCCUCCUCCCUCCCCCCAUCACUUGGGUGUCCAGGACAUUGUGCGACUCAGGAAGCAACUCAGCUGCGAGGCCUGCAGCGGCCAAGACGCGGAGGAAGGGGCUGUGGCGCAGGAGGUGGCUCCGGGCAGGGCGGGCUGAGGGCUGCCUGGGCUCUGGAAUGCAGCCCCCUUCGCUGCUGCUGCUCUGGCUGCUGGGCUCCUGGGCUGUGAAGACCGGAGGGCUGCCCUGCGGGAAUCUCUCAGAACCCUGUGCCAACGGCGGCACCUGCCUGAGCCUGCCUCAGGGCCAAGGCACCUGUCGGUGUGCUCCUGGCUUCCUGGGUGAGACGUGCCAGUUUGCGGAUCCCUGCCGGAACGCCCAGCUCUGCCAGAAUGGGGGCAGCUGCCAAGCCCUGCUUCCUGUCGCCUCGUCCUUAACCCCCAGCUUCCUCUGCACCUGCCCCUCCGGCUUCACUGGCGAGAGGUGCCAGGCCCAGCUCCAGGACCCCUGCUCCUCCUUCUGUUCCAAGAUGGGCCGCUGCCACAUCCAGGCCUCGGGCCGCCCCCGGUGCGCCUGCUUGCCCGGGUGGACGGGCGAGCAGUGCCAGCUUCGGGACUUCUGCUCAGCCAACCCCUGCAUGAACGGCGGGGUGUGCCUGACCACCUACCCCCAGAUCCAGUGCCGCUGCCCACCCGGCUUCGAGGGCCACGCCUGCGAGCGCGACGUCAACGAGUGUUUUGGAGACCCGGGACCCUGCCCCGAGGGCAUCACCUGCCACAACACCCUGGGGUCCUUCCAGUGCAUCUGCCCCGCUGGGCGGACAGGUCCACGCUGCACGCUCUGGGCAGGACCCUGCCCCCCAGCGGGCUGUCCCAACGGGGGCACCUGCCAGCUGGUUCCGGGGGAGGACUCCCCCUCCCACCUCUGCCUCUGCCCCCCAGGUCUCACAGGCCCGCGCUGCGAGGUGAACCCCGACGACUGUGCCGGGCACCCGUGUCAGAAUGGCGGCACCUGCCAGGAUGGGCUGGGCACCUACACCUGCCUCUGCCCCGAGGCCUGGACAGGCCGGGAUUGCUCUGAAGACGUGGAUGAGUGUGCGGCCCAGCGCGCCCCUCGCUGCAGAAACGGCGGCACCUGCCGGAACGCGGCUGGCGGCUUCCACUGCGUGUGUGUCAGCGGCUGGGGCGGCACAAGCUGCGAGGAGAACCUGGACGACUGUGCCGCUGCCACCUGUGCCCCCGGAGCCACCUGCAUCGACCGCGUGGGCGCUUUCUCCUGCCUCUGCCCCCCUGGCCGCACAGGCCUCCUGUGUCACCUGGAGGACCGGUGCCUGAGCCAGCCGUGCCACGGGGAAGCCCAGUGCAGCACCAACCCCCUGACGGGCGCCACGCUCUGCCUGUGCCAGCCCGGCUACGCGGGCCCCACCUGCCACCAGGACCUGGACGAGUGCCAGCUGGCCCAGCAAGGCCUGGGGCCCUGUGAACACGGCGGCUCCUGCCUCAACACCCCCGGCUCCUUCGACUGCCUCUGUCCGCCUGGCUACACCGGCUCCCGCUGCGAGGCCGACCACAAUGAGUGCCUGUCCCAGCCCUGCCGCCCGGGCAGCACCUGCCUGGACCUGCUCGCCAGCUUCCACUGCCUCUGCCCCCCAGGCUUCGAAGGGCAGCUCUGCGAGCUGGAGACAGACGAGUGUGCCUCUGCUCCCUGCCUGCACCAGGCUCACUGCCAGGACCAGCUCAGCGGCUACCUCUGCACCUGCCCGCCCGGGUUCGCAGGCUCCCGGUGCGAGGAGGACGUCAACGAGUGUGGCAGCUCUCCCUGUGCCAACGGCGGGCAGUGCCAGGACCAGGCUGGGUCCUUCCACUGUGAAUGUCUCCCGGGCUUCGCAGGCCCGCGCUGCCAAGAGGAGGUGGACGAGUGUCUGAGCGGCCCGUGCCCCCCGGGCGCCAGCUGCCUUGACCGCCCAGGAGCCUACUUCUGCCUCUGCCCCUCCGGCUUCACAGGUCAUCUCUGUGACGUGCCCCUAUGUGCCCCCAACCUGUGCCAGCCCGAGCAAAAGUGCCCGCGCCAGGAGGACGAGGCCCGCUGCCUCUGCCCAGAUGGCAGCCCUGGCUGUGCCCCCGCGGAGAACUGCACCUGCCGGCACGGGCGCUGCCAGAGAUCCUCGUGCGUGUGCGACGUGGGUUGGACAGGACCAGAGUGUGAGGCAGAGCUGGGGGGCUGCGUCUCCACGCCCUGUGCCCACGGGGGGACCUGCCACCCCCAGCCCUCUGGCUACAACUGCACGUGCCCCACAGGCUACACAGGGCCCGCCUGCACUGAGGAGGUGACAGCAUGUCACUCCGGACCCUGCCUCAAUGGCGGCUCCUGCAGCCCCCGCCCCGGGGGCCAUCUCUGCACCUGUCCUCCCAGCCACACCGGGCCCCGCUGCGAGACCAGCACCGACCUCUGUGCCUCCGCCCCGUGCCUCAACGGGGGCACCUGUGUGAACAGGCCUGGCGCCCCCGCCUGCCUCUGUGCCACCGGCUUCCAGGGCCCACGCUGUGAGGGAAGGGUCCACCCCAGCUGCGCAGACAGCCCCUGCAGAAACAAGGCUACCUGCCAAGAUGGGCCCCAGGGCGCCCGCUGCCUCUGCCCUGCUGGCUACACAGGAAGCAGCUGUCAGACUCUGAUGGACUUAUGCGCCCAGAAGCCCUGCCCACGCAAUGCCCGCUGCCUCCAGACCGGGCCCUCCUUCCAGUGCCCGUGCCUCCAGGGAUGGACCGGGCGUCUCUGCGAAGUCCCGCUGUCCUCCUGCCAGAGGGCUGCCCUGAGCCAAGGCACAGAAGUCUCUUCCCUGUGCCAGAACGGAGGUCUCUGCGUUGACAGUGGCCCCUCCUACUUCUGUCACUGCCCCCCUGGAUUCCAGGGCCCUAUGUGCCAGGACAGGGCGAACCCAUGCCAGUCCAGACCCUGCCAGCACGGGGCCAGCUGCGUGGCCCAGCCCAAUGGGUAUCUCUGCCAGUGCGCCCCGGGCUACGAAGGACAGAACUGCUCAAAGGAACUGGACGCUUGUCAAUCGCAGCCCUGUCACAACCAUGGGACCUGCACCCCCAAACCUGGCGGCUUCCACUGCGCCUGCCCGCCAGGCUUUGUGGGGCUGCGCUGCGAGGGGGACGUGGACGAGUGUCUGGACCAGCCCUGCCACCCCAGAGGCACCGCAGCCUGCCACCCUCUAGCCAACGCCUUCUACUGUCAGUGUCUGCCCGGGCACACAGGCCAGCGGUGUGAGGAGAAGAUGGACCCCUGCCAGAGCCAGCCCUGCUCCCAUGGAGGGUCUUGUGAGGCCUCGGCAGGACCGCCCCCAGGCUUCACCUGCCGCUGCCCGCCGGGUUUUGAAGGCCCCACCUGCAGCCAGAGAGCCCCGUCCUGUGGCCCCCAUCACUGCCACCACGGGGGGCUGUGUCUGCCCUCCCCCAAGCCUGGCUUCCCACCCCGCUGUGCCUGCCUCAAUGGCUACGGGGGCCCUGACUGCCUGACCCCAGCCGUCCAAGGCUGUGGCCCUCCCUCUCCUUGCCUCCACAACGGCAGCUGCUCAGAGACCUCCAAGCUGGGGGGCCCGAGCUUUCGAUGCUCCUGCCCUCCCGGCUCCCCAGGGCCCAGGUGUCAGAGCCCCAGAGCAAAGGGGUGUGAGGGCAGAGGGGGAGACGGGGCCUGUGACGCUGGCUGCAGUGGCCCCGCAGGAAGCUGGGAUGGAGGGGACUGCUCGCUGGGGGUCCUGGACCCCUGGCAGGGCUGCCCCUCCCACUCCCGCUGCUGGCUUCUCUUCGGCGACGGGCAGUGCCACCCGCAGUGUGACUCUGCAGAAUGCCUGUUUGACGGCUAUGACUGUGAGACUCCUCCAGCCUGCACGCCAGCCUAUGACCAGUUCUGCCACGACCACUUCCACAACGGCCACUGUGAGAAAGGCUGCGACGCCCCGGAGUGCGGCUGGGACGGAGGCGACUGCAGGCCCCGAGACGGGAGCUCCGAGGGGGCGCCCUCCCUGGCCCUGCUGGUGGUGCUCAGCCGCCCAGCCCUGGACGGGCAGCUGCUGGCCCUGGCCCGGGCACUGUCCCUGGCUCUGAGGGUGGGGCUCUGGGUAAGGAAGGACAGGGAUGGCAGGGACAUGGUGUACCCCUAUCCUGGGGCCCAGGCCCACGAGCAGCUGGGAGGAAGCCCAGGCCCCUCUCAUCCAGAGACAGCAGCCCCUCAAACAGAGCCUGCGGGCCAGGAGCCAGACUCCCUCAGCACGGGGUUUGUGGUGGUGAUGGGUGUGGACUUGUCCCGCUGUGGCCCUGACCACCCCGCAGCCCGCUGUCCCUGGGACCCUGGGUUCCUGCUCCGCCUCCUGGCUGCCAUGGCUGCAGUGGAGGCCCUGGAGCCCCUCCUGCCGGGACCCCUGCUGGCGGCCCACCCUCGUGCAGGCACCGAGCCCCCCGCCAACCGGCUUCCCUGGCCUGUGCUGUGCUCGCCAGUGGCCGGGGUGCUUCUCCUGGCUCUUGGGGCUCUUCUCAUCCUCCAGCUCAUCCGGCGGAGGCGCCGAGAGCAUGGGGCCCUCUGGCUGCCCCCGGGGUUCACUCGAAGGCCUCGGACUCAGCCAGCUCCCCGCCGACGCCGGCCCCCACUGGGCGAGGACAGCAUCGGCCUCAAGGCACUGAAACCAGAGGCCAAAGCUGAGGAGGAUGGAGUUGUGAUGUGCUCAGGCCCUGAGGAAGGAGAGGAGGCUGAAGACACGGCCCCGCCCGCCCAGUGCCAGCUCUGGGCCCUGAGCGGUGACUGUCGAGGACUCCCCCAGGCAGCCAUGCUGACGCCUCCCCAGGAAGCUGAGCUGGACGUCCCUGGCGUGGACACCCAUGGGCCUGAGGGGGUGACACCCCUGAUGGCAGCAGUCUGCUGUGGGGCAGUGGAGUACAGGACUUUCCUGGAAAGCCCCGAGCCCUGGGAACCUCUGUUAGAUGGAGGGGCCUGUCCCCAGGCUCACACCGCGGGCACGGGGGAGACCCCCCUGCACCUGGCUGCCCGAUUCUCCCGACCGACUGCUGCCCGCCGCCUCCUUGAGUCUGGAGCCAACCCCAACCAGCCAGACAGAGCGGGGCGCACCCCUCUUCACACCGCUGUGGCUGCUGAUGCCCGGGAGGUCUGCCAGCUCCUACUCCGCCACAGACAGACGGCAGUGGAUGCCAGGACAGUGGACGGGACCACGGCCCUGAUGCUGGCCGCCAAGCUGGCAGUGGAGGACCUGGUUGAAGAACUGAUUGCAGCCCAAGCAGAUGUGGGGGCCAGAGAUAAAUGGGGUAUGGAUCUGGGCGUGUUGAUGUGCCACAGAGAAGUUGAGCAGUGGGGAAGUGAGGGAAAACCGCUCUGCACUGGGCCGCCGCCGUCAACAACGCGCGGGCCGCCCGCUCCCUUCUCCAGGCCGGAGCCGACAAAGACGCCCAGGACGGCAGGGUUAGGCCGGGCAGAGGGCUCCCCACACAGAAAAGGGGAGCAGACGCCGCUGUUCCUGGCCGCCCGCGAGGGGGCGGCGGAGGUGGCCCAGCUGCUGCUGGGGCGGGGGGCGGCGCGAGCGCUGCGGGACCAGGCGGGACUGGCGCCCGGCGACGUCGCCCGUCAGCGCCACCACUGGGACCUGCUGGCGCUGCUGGAGGGGGCGGGGCCCGCGCACGCGCGUCACCAAGCCCCGCCGGGCCGAGCGGGCGCCUUCGCGCGUGCGCGGGCCGCCUCGGGAAGCGGGCGGCGGGGCGGGGCCGUGCCGCGCCACCGGACGCAGUCGGUGGGGGCAGCCCCGCGUGGGCGCGGAGCCGGCCUGCAGACCCGCACUUUGUCCGUGGACUUGGCCGCGCACGGGGGCGGGGCCCGCUCUCCGUGCCGAAGCCUCGCGAAAGGAGCUGGAGGAGGCCCGCCCCGCCGCGACCCGACGUUCCCCGCGGGCACGCGUGGGCCGAGGCCCGGCCCCGCCUCCAGGCCAGGAAGAUCCGGGGUCGCGACCUCCGCUGGCGGGCCCUGUGAUUGGGUGUCCCUGGGAGCCUGCGGCCCCGCCCCCAGCACGCGGAGCCCGCCUCCUUGCCUUACUCCGUCCCCGGAGCGCGGGUCUCCUCCCCUCGCCUGGGGCUCCCCAGCCCCCCCAGGAAUACCCUCAAAUGCAGGAAGCGAAGCUCAAAAGUAGGCGGCUAGUGGCCGGGUGGGAUUCCAAAAGUGAGCUCCGUUAAAUGCCCGCCUGGAAGCCUCCAGGUUUUAAAGUCCUCGGGCCCCAAAAGUAGGGGUCGGGAAUAUAGCGUCUCUCCCAAAACGAGUGCAUGCCCACUCAACCGUCAUCGUCUUCCACGUGGAGAAGAUGCGGCCCUGCAGAGGGUUUAGGUGCUGAGAUGGAGUGGGCCCAGGCAGUGCGGGUGAGGGGCUACAGGAGGGGGUGGAGGGGGCUAGUACCCUGAACUGGAACCAUCCCACAGAUGGGAUGUAAGAUGUUCUUCCUGCACAGGAUGUGGUUCCCGAAGGGAGCGUUUAAUCACCCCCCACCACCUACAAACAGUUGACAAGUAUCUGUUCAGCACCUGCUGUGCCAGGCAUCGCAGGUGCUGGGUCGGGGAGCACCAAGGGCCACUCCAGCUGAUGACUCCUUGCAUUUUCACCACUGCAGGGAUGAGGUGCCACUCUUCUAGCCACUCUUUUCUCUAUUAAGAACCCCAAAUCUGUCAUCAGAGAAUAAAGCUGGUAUAAAGUGUUACCUCCUUUUAGAGGGUUUGAGGAGUGCAGUGAAGAAAAUAUGGGAGUGACUACAUUGUCUUCCAAAUUUUGUGUCCCAAAUUCAAUAUUUUUUGUUUUGUUUUUUAAUAUAUUUUUAUUGAUUUCAGAGAGGAAGGGAGAGGGGAGAGAUAGAAACAUUGAUGAUGAGAAUCAUUGAUCAGCUGCCUCCUGCAUGCCUCCCACUGGGGAUCAAGCCUACAACCUGGGCAUAUGCCCUUGACCAGAAUCGAACCUGGGACCCUUCAGUCUGCAGGCGGACACUCUAUCCACCGAGUCAAACCGGCUAGGGCCCAAAUUCAAUAUUUGGAUGGAGACGUUCAGUAUAGUUUAAGAGCAAGAAUAAGACUUGGGGGCCCUGUGCUAAUGUAGGGUGUCAUCUGAAAACAAGAGUGUAGUAGUCUGAAGAGAAGCCACACAUUACACCCUUUGCCCACCUUCCAAGGGCAUUUAGUUCUAGCCACGUAGGAGACUCCUGGGAGCUCAAGCUAGGCAGAGGCCGACAGAGACCCUCCCAGUGUGAUCCACCUUCAGCAGCGUAGUUACACCUCUCAUGGUGCUGAUGGGCCGGGACAUGGAGGCUUGGGCAUUUUGAAAGCGGAUACAAGCGUACCCAUCUUUGUGGGCCUCACUGUUGCGCUUCGCAUGUAAGUGUCUUCAUUAGCAUUGAAGCAAAGACCCUCUACCAACAAAGAGAUUGACUCACUGAAGGCUCAGAUGAUGGUUGGGAAUUUCUUAGCAAUAAAGUAUUUUUAAAUUAA